GCCCCGAAAAAAAAAAGCCAAAAAUCGCUACUAAUUUCCAAUUCACGGCUAAACCCUAGAAAAGUUUUUCUCCCUCUCUAACCUCAUCUCUCACCAUAACCAGAGAAACCCAGAAACGCCAUCUCGAUCUUUUCGGCCUCUCAGAUCCAGAGUGACAUUGAGGGUUAAGAAUGGGACGGCCAUAUGCGGAUAAAAUGAAGAAGAGGAAAAGGGCAAAUGAGAAAUACGACAGAGAAGAGGAAAACGUAGAAGAAGUUGAGAAAGAAGAGGAAAAAAUAGAAGAAGCUGAAAAAGAAGAGGGUGUUUCAGUUGAUUUAGAAGGAAUUCCGCUUGCCCCAAGUGAGAAAAACGACAGAAACAAGAAUGGGGUUAUCUUUAUCCUUGAGAAAGCUUCUUUGGAAGCUGGAAAAGUUGGAAAGGAUUACAAGCUUCUGAACUCCGACGAUCAUUCGGAUUUCUUGCGGAAAAAGGGGAAGAAUCCUGCAGAUUACAGGCCUGAUAUUGCACAUCAGGCUCUUCUAAUGAUCCUAGAUAGCCCACUUAAUAAAGCUGGGAGGUUACGAGCUGUGUAUGUGAGAACGGAGUUGGGUGUUCUUAUUGAAGUUAAACCAUUUGUCCGUAUACCGAGGACAUUUAAACGAUUUGCCGGGAUCAUGUUGCAACUGUUGCAAAAGCUGAGUAUAAGUGCUGUGGGCAAGCGGGAGAAGCUUUUGCGUGUCAUCAAGAAUCCGGUAACGCAGUAUUUGCCUGUCAACUCUCGCAAAAUAGGUCUCUCAUACAGUUCUGAAAAAUUAGUUAAAAUACGAGAUUAUGUGGCCGCGUCUAGCAAUGAUAUGGAUCAUGUUUUCGUGGUUGGUGCAAUGGCCCAUGGGAAGAUUGAUGUGGACUAUAUUGAUGACUUUAUAGCAGUUUCUGGUUACCCUUUGAGUGCAGCAUAUUGUAUUACAAUGAUUUGCCAAGCACUGGAGUCAAAGUGGAAUAUUCUGUGAAGCUCACUCCUGAAGAGUUAGAUUCAGGAUAAUUAUGAGUUUACAUGUAUAAGGCUUUUUUGUAUGGAUAUCCCCUAAACUUCACAUGUUCGGAAAAUUAGUUCCUAAAAAAAAGGGCAAUUGACAAAUUCA